CCGCCCUUAGCAUCAGCUCUGCAGAGGAGCACUUCCGGGUGACCGCGGUAGCACUUCCGGCAGCCGCGAUGUCGCCCAGCGUGGCCGAGCUGCUCCUGCAGCGUUUGGAGCGGACGCCGACGGGUCCCGAGGGCGGCCUGUGCAGCCUGGAGGCGGCCGCCGCUCUCGGUCUCGACCAUCAGACGCUCGUGGGAGCCGUCAAGAGCCUGCAGGCGCUCGGGGAGGUGAUCGAGGCAGAGACACGUGCGACCACACGCUGGGAACUGAGUGCCGAGGGUGAAGAAGUGCUGCGGGACGGCAGCCCCGAAGUGCGGCUCUUCUGCAGCGUCCCCAGCGAAGGGCUGCCCCAAAGUGACGCCAUGAAGCUGCCCGGUGCCCAGGUGGGCUUCAGCAAGGCCAUGGCCAACAAAUGGCUGCGCCUCGACAAGGGGGCACCCGGCGGCCCCCGAAUUUUCCGUGCCGUGGGCGCAGUGCAGGAUGCGGUGCAGAGCAGCCUGAGGCAGGUGCAGGAGGGCAAUGGCGACUCUCUGUCUGAGCGCGAGCGCACGGAUCUGAAGAGAAGGAAACUGCUGCUAGAAGUCACGCUCAAAUCCUACUGGAUCCGCAAGGGCAGUGCCUUCAGCACGGCUGUAGCGCGGCAGGAGACCGACCUGACACCAGAAAUGAUUGCCACGGGCUCCUGGCGGAAGCUCCCCUUCAAAGCCUACAACUUCUCAGCACUGGGGCUGCCGCCCGCCUGCGGCCACCUGCACCCCCUGCUCAAGGUGCGCUCGCAGCUCCGCCAAAUCUUCCUAGAGAUGGGGUUCACAGAGAUGCCCACAGACAACUUUGUGGAGAGCUCCUUCUGGAAUUUUGACGCUCUCUUCCAACCCCAGCAGCACCCAGCCCGAGACCAGCACGACACCUUCUUCCUGCAGGAUCCUGCUGAAGCUCCUGAGCUGCCCGCCGGCUACAUGGCCAGGGUGAAGAAGGUUCACUCACAGGGAGGCUACGGUUCACAGGGCUACAAGUACGAAUGGAAGGUGGAGGAAGCAAGGAAGAACCUGCUGCGCACGCACACCACGUCUGCCAGCGCCCGUGCGCUGUACCACCUGGCUCGCCAGGGUAAGUUCACCCCUGUAAAAUACUUCUCCAUCGACCGGGUCUUCCGCAAUGAAAGCCUGGACGCCACGCACCUCGCUGAGUUCCACCAGGUGGAGGGGGUGGUGGCCGAUCGUGGGCUCACCCUGGGCCACCUGAUGGGCAUCCUUCAUCAGUUCUUCACCAAGCUAGGCAUCAGCAAGCUGCGUUUCAAGCCAGCCUAUAACCCCUACACGGAACCCAGCAUGGAGAUCUUCAGCUACCAUGAGGGGUUGAAGAAGUGGGUGGAGGUGGGGAACUCAGGCGUUUUCCGUCCUGAGCUGCUCUUACCCAUGGGGCUGCCCGAGAGCGUCUCUGUCAUCGCCUGGGGGCUCUCACUGGAGCGCCCCACCAUGAUCAAGUAUGGCAUCAACAACAUCCGGGAGCUGGUGGGGCACCGGGUCAAUCUACAGAUGGUCUACGACAACCCCCUGUGCCGCCUCGACGCCUGAGUCCUUGUGGAGCACCGAAGUCUCACCAAUAAACUUCCUUUGUGCAGCUG